CACAAGGCUACAGGUGCCUUUAUUUCUGCCGUCCGCUGGUGUUGGGAGCACGCCUGCCUUCUCUUGCCUUGAAAGCCUUCUGUCUGGACCUAGCCGCCACUUGUCUUCACGGUGAUGUUGGACUCCGUAACCCAUAGCACCUUUCUGCCCAACACAUCCUUCUGUGACCCCCUGAUGUCUUGGACCGAUUUGUUCAGCAAUGAAGAAUAUUACCCUGCCUUUGAACAUCAGACAGCCUGUGACUCCUACUGGACAUCAGUGCACCCUGAAUACUGGACCAAGCGCCACGUAUGGGAAUGGCUCCAGUUCUGCUGCGAUCAGUACAAACUUGACGCCAACUGCAUCUCCUUCUGUCACUUCAACGUCAGCGGCCUGCAGCUGUGCAGCAUGACGCAGGAGGAGUUCAUUGAGGCAGCCGGCAUCUGUGGGGAGUACCUGUACUUCAUCCUCCAGAACAUUCGAUCCCAAGGUUAUUCCUUUUUCAACGAUGCUGAAGAGACCAAGACCGCCAUCAAAGACUAUGCUGAUUCCAGUUGCUUGAAGACAAGUGGCAUGAAGAGUCAAGACUGUCACAGUCGAACAAGCCUCCAAAGCUCUCACCUGUGGGAAUUUGUCAGAGAUUUGCUUCUGUCUCCUGAAGAAAACUGUGGCAUCCUGGAAUGGGAAGACAGGGAGCAGGGCAUUUUCCGAGUGGUUAAGUCAGAAGCCCUGGCCAAGAUGUGGGGACAAAGGAAGAAGAAUGACAGGAUGACAUAUGAGAAGCUGAGCAGAGCCCUGAGAUACUACUAUAAAACAGGGAUUUUGGAGCGGGUUGACCGGAGGUUAGUGUACAAAUUUGGAAAGAAUGCGCACGGGUGGCAAGAAGACAAACUAUGAUCUACGCUGACACCAAGCUCCUUUGAUGGAUGUCUGUUGUUUGAAACAAUCAGAUCAAAAUAGACAUAUGAAAGUCUUCUCCUCCCUCCUCCUCCUCCUCCUCCUCCCCCUCCUCCUCUUCAAAACCUGCAAACACGAUGAUAAAAUUUCUUCACAUCUCAGCUUUCAUUUGGAUUCGGUUGUUGUCUAUUGGGGUGAUGGCAGAGACCCUCAAGCAGUUGUCUUCAUCCCAAGGGGGAGGCAGGGAUGGUCUUGGGUGGCACCUUGGUGAGACAUUAUUUCCCCAAUGAAGUGUUUGGAGCCAAGGUGGUCAGUGUUGUGGGUGCUGCUUUAAAAAAGGGCCGCAUUGCACCGUUAAGGACACAUGAUCCGCCCAUUCCAGAAGUUCUGAGUGGUCAACUGAGGCAGCUCACCUGGGAUUAAUUUUUAGGAGAGCAUGAGAUGUAAGAUGUGCUUAUUUUAGAUUUGAAAUUAUUAGUCAUAUUCCAUAGAAGAAUUUCUUAAUAAAACAGCUAAGCCACUAAGCUGGGACCUAAUUGGAUGUAGCCUAAGUUAAUAAUAAGUUUCUUAACCAGAUCAUCGUUUUGACCACUUAGCCACAGUCAUGUGACCCGCAGCCAAUCCGUCUGAACUUACAUACCUGUAAUUAGUCACAUUGGGAAUUGUGACUGAGAUCACUGCCCCCUUUCUCCUCACUGGUGCCUAGCGUCCUUUCUACAGAGACCUAGUCAACAGACAUGUGCAUUAAUUUCUAAAUCACUGCUGUUUCUGUGAUUCAAACUGUCAACAUGAUCGAAUCAGAAUUCAUUGACUCCCCCUGGGGCUGAGACGUUAAACCCUUAUAGAGCAGAAAAUGUCCUAACAGCCCAAAACAGCUGAACACAUCGUCAGUCUCUUUUCUUUUCUUGCCUGAUGAGUAUGCAAACUCUACAACAGAGUCUCUUGACAAAAAUAAGAACAGUGAACUUACAUGGACAAAUGUUCAUGGUUAAAGUCUGCACUGACAUCCCCUCAUCUGCCAUUAGCAUGCAAGGUGUUAAUGACCUGCAACAAGGUUGACUGCCCCUGAACCUGACCUCCUCCAGAGCUGGGCUGGCGAGUGAUGAGGCACUGAAUAGCAAUGCAGGCCGAAGACCUCUAUGUUUAGAGUUUAACCUCAAAAGCAACUUGUUUAAAAAAAAAAUGUGAAUUACUGUAAAAUAAUCUAUUUUUGGAUUCAUGUGUUUUC